AUAAAAUUCUCUUUACUAUAUAACACAGCCAAAUUCUCUUACUCAGCACCAAACUCUCUAAUUUCCCUCCCUUAUAUAAAUAAACUCAUUUCCCUUCCCAAAAUCAUUCAUUCAUUUCCCAAGAAAAAAGAAUAGAAUACCAAACUUCCCCUUUCAAAUUUCUUUCUAGCUCUGUGUUUUCCUCUGAAUAAACUCAUAAUCAAGAAAUGGCCUUGGCUGUAACAAACUCAAAUAUAUCUCCAAGAAAACUAAGGGAUGAUCUUUAUUUUUACUCAUAUCAACAAGACUCAAAUAUUCCAUUAGUGAUCUCAGUUCUUGCUUCUUUAAUUGAGAGAAAUUUGGCAAGGAAUCAAAGAAUAGCAAAAAACUGUACAUGGGCAUUAUCCAAGAAUGUAAGAACAAGAGUAUUUGAUUGCCAUGAAACACCAGAUAUGACAAUACAAUCAUAUUUGGAGAGAAUAUUUAGAUAUACAAGAGCUGGACCUUCAGUUUAUGUGGUUGCUUAUGUAUAUAUUGAUAGAUUUUGUCAACUCUAUCCUGAGUUCAGAAUUAGUCCAAGAAAUGUACAUAGGCUACUUAUUACCACUAUUAUGGUUGCUUCCAAAUAUGUUGAAGACAUGAAUUAUAGGAAUUCAUAUUUUGCCAGAGUUGGAGGAUUGACAACAAAUGAAAUGAACAAAUUGGAGAUGGAGUUUAUAUUCAUGAUGGGGUUCAAGUUUCAUGUGAAUGUAAGUGUUUUUGAGAGUUAUUGCUGCCAUUUGGAAAGGGAAGUGAGCAUAGGAGGAGGCUAUGAAAUUGAGAGGACUAUAAGGUGUGCUGAGGAAAUCAAAUCAAAACAAAGAGAAGAAAGAAGAUGUAGCCAAAUUACUAGAGUUUUGCUCUAAUUCAAUUUCAUAAUGGGAGUUUUUCUAUAACAAAUUGUAAAUGCUAUGUAAAGGAGUUUUCAAUGUUUUUGCUGUGUAACAAAGCAUAGUAGAAGUUCUCAAAUGUAACAAGUUUUGCUUAGGCUUUCUGCAGUGAAAAUAUUUGAUUUUGAAAUCACUUUAAA